AAUCAGUCAAAAAUUAUUCAUUCCUCGUUUCUCAGCGAAUGGUGGAGGAAAGUGCGUCGUAAAUAUUACACAAAAAUCAUACCAUAAAACGCUUGUAACAGUUGCAAUUAUGAUAUGACGACGUCAUCAGUAUUCUAAAAAUACUAUUGUGAUAUAUGAACAGUGAAAAACAAUGGCUGAAUCGUGUGGAAAGUUUCUACAGCGUUUUCUACCAGUCUUGGGCUGUGUCCUGCUGAUAAAUUUAGUAAAUCAUAUCCCAUUGGCGUCAGCAGAAGGCCAGUGCAUAUGGUAUGGCGUGUGUACAAAUAAGACUGACUUCAAGCAGAGAUACUGCCCGUACAAUGGGCCUGCGAAGCCGAUUGAUGAGGGCGGUCGGACAAUACUCGAGAAGUAUUGCCCGGACAUCGCCGCGGGCGGGCUGACGUGCUGCAAUGCCGACCAGCUCCGGAUUCUGGAGAAGAACAUCGCCAACGCGGGCAUGCUGUUGCGCUGCCCCACUUGUAUGGAGAACUUCCUCAAACACAUCUGCGGGAUGACCUGUGCGCCGGAUCAGAGCAACUUCUUGAAGCCGGUCAAGAUUGAACCUUAUCCAGGUGGAGCAGAAUCCCGGCAAAUAAUCACAGAGAUCGAUUAUCACCUUGGCGCGACUUACAUGAAUACAACCUACACGUCAUGCUCGCAAGUGCAAAUGCCGUCCACCAACCAAGUGGUGAUGGACUUAAUGUGCGGCUCCUACGGCUCGACUUUCUGCACGCCGCAGCGCUGGUUCGACUUCAUGGGAGACGCCGAAGUGCCUCUGGUGCCGUUCCAGAUCAACUACAAGAGCGGAGACGAGCCGAGCGAUGGCUUCAUACCUUAUAACCCUGAGACACAUCCUUGCAAUGUUGGCAGCAAAGGUCAACCCGGCUGCUCGUGCUUCGACUGCGCGGCAUCUUGCCCAGCGCCGCCGACGCCGCCGCCGCCACCGCGUCCCUUCAGUAUCCAUGGCGCCGACGGGUAUGCCGUCGUCAUGGCGAUCGUCUUCGUCAUAUUCACAACGCUGUUCCUAAGCGGGGUGUACUGCUGCAACCAGCCGGAGAAUACUAUUGACGGCUGGACGCGCGCGGCGGAGGCGAGGCGCGGUGGGCCCGAGACGAGUCCGCUGCACAGCCACAGAUCUAGCGUGGCAUCUGAUACGAACCAAGAGAUGGCGUCCAACCCUCGGCCAGCCGACUGGCAUAUCGACCAAGCGGAAGGUGCGGAAAGCGCCACAUUCUUCGAGAAGCUUGGAGCUGAUACUGAGACGAUGCUGGAAGAUUUCUUCCAGUGGUGGGGAACCCUCAUGGCUUCCAAACCCUGGACUGUGCUGUUCAUUGGAUUCUGCGUAAUCGUCGCCCUCGGCCACGGCAUGAAAUACACCCAGCUGACCACAAACCCGGUCGAGCUGUGGGCAUCCCCGCAUUCCCGUUCUCGCAUCGAACGCGAGUAUUUCGACUCCCACUUCGAGCCGUUUUUCCGUACGGAGAUGAUCAUCAUCAGCAGCAAGGGAAUGAAUAAGAUUGAGUAUGAAACGCCGUCGGGUAUUAUGGAAUUCGGGCCGGUGUUCAACUCGACGUUCUUGCUCGAAGUACUUAAACUGCAGAAUGAUAUUAUGGCUCUUCACGGCGCCGACAACACUGGCAUCGAGGAGAUUUGCUUCGCGCCUCAGACGUCACCGUUCACGGGCCCCGUGACGCCGGACCGGUGCACCGUGCAGUCCGUCUGGGGCUGGUGGGGCAACGACGCCGACGAGCUGCUGCAGGACCUGGACGACAACAAGUACCUGGACCGCGUCAUCUCGUGCACCAACAACCCGUACCUCUGCCUGGCUCCGUACGGCGGUCCGGCGCUGCCGGCGGUGGCUCUCGGCGGCUUCCUCGCGCCGGGUGAGCCGCUCACGCCGCGAUCGCGAUUCCACGAGGCGCAGUCGCUUAUUAUUACGCUGCUGGUCAACAACCGACACGAUAAAGCUAAGCUGAAACCCGCUCUGGAGUGGGAGAAGGAAUUCAUCGCAUACAUGAAGAACUAUACAGAGAAUAAUAUGCCUUCGUACAUGGACAUAGCGUACACAUCCGAACGGUCGAUCGAGGAUGAACUAGACAGAGAGUCGCAGUCGGACGUGUCGACUAUACUCGUCUCUUACUUCAUCAUGUUCGCGUAUAUCGCUAUCUCGCUCGGAAGAUUCACGAGCUUCUCGAGGUUGCUUAUUGACAGCAAGGUCACUUUGGGUAUUGGAGGUGUCCUCAUCGUCCUAGCAUCGGUUGUCUGUUCGGUGGGAUUAUUCGGUUUCGCCGGCGUCCCAGCCACACUUAUCAUAGUGGAAGUGAUACCCUUCUUGGUACUGGCUGUAGGCGUGGACAACAUCUUCAUCCUCGUGCAGACCAACCAACGCGAGGGUAGGCGGCCCGAUGAGACGGUUGCUGAACAUAUUGGGAGGACGCUGGGUCAAGUAGGCCCGUCAAUGUUGCUGACGUCAGCAUCCGAGUGCGUGUGCUUCUUCCUCGGAGCCCUAUCCGAUAUGCCGGCCGUGCGAGCCUUCGCUCUCUACGCGGCCAUGGCUCUAUUAGUGGACUUCCUGCUGCAAGUCACUUGCUUCGUGGCCCUGCUGGCUAUUGAUACGAGGAGGCAGAACGACAACAGGUUCGACGUGCUAUGUUGCAUGCAAGGCAAGAAGUGCGACGACGCGGCCGCCGGCGGCGAGGGCGCUCUGUUCAACUUAUUCAAGCAGAUCUACGUUCCCUUCCUGAUGAAGCGCGAAGUGCGUGCGUCCGUCAUGAUCAUAUUCUUCGCGUGGCUGUGCUCCUCGGUCGCGGUGGCGCCACACAUAGAGAUUGGUCUCGACCAGGAACUCUCGAUGCCUCACGACAGUUUCCAGCUGAAAUACUUCCAAUACCUGAACAAGUAUCUUAACAUCGGACCGCCAGUUUACUUCGUGAUCACAGAAGGACUGAACUACUCGGAUACGGAUACUCAGAACAUGAUAUGCGGGACGCGGUACUGUAGGGAAGACAGUGUUAUGCUGCAGCUGUAUUCGGCUACCCGCACGCCCAAUGAGACGUAUCUGCUUCAGCCGCCUAACUCGUGGCUGGACGACUUCUUCGACUGGGCUUCUAUCGGCGAGUGCUGUAAGGUGUUCCCAGGGAAUAACAGCUACUGUCCUCAUACUCACGACGACUGUGACCAAUGCCACAUCCCACUGGUGGGCGCGGAGCAGCGGCCCAACGCCAGCGCCUUCCGCCACUACGUGCCGUUCUUCCUGCAGGACAACCCCGACGAGAGCUGCGCCAAAGGAGGCCACGCGGCCUACGGAAAUGCUGUCAACUACCACAUGAUGAAGAAUCUAAGCGAGGCUAACAUUGGAGCUACAUACUAUUCAGGCUUCCACACUGUACUGAAGACGAGCGAAGACUACUAUUCUGCGUUACGCGGCGCGCGAAACGUGGCCGCCAAUUUGACAGAAACUCUCAACCGCAACUUGAAGGAACUGGGCAAGAACACAACAGUGAACGUGUUCCCAUACUCCGUAUUCUACGUGUUCUACGAGCAGUACCUCACCAUGUGGCCCGACACGCUCAAGUCCAUGGGCAUUUCCGUGCUGUCCAUCUUCAUCGUCACCUUCCUGCUGAUGGGCUUCGACCUGUUCUCCGCGCUGGUGGUGGUGAUCACGAUCACAAUGAUAGUGGUGAACCUCGGCGGACUGAUGUACUGGUGGGGCGUUAGCUUGAAUGCCGUUUCUCUGGUCAAUUUGGUGAUGGCAGUAGGCAUAGCCGUGGAAUUCUGCUCGCACUUAGUGCACAGCUUCAGUACGGCGGGCGGCGGGUCGCGCGUGGCGCGCGCGGCGGCGUCGCUGGCGCGCAUGGGCUCGUCCGUGCUGUCCGGCAUCACGCUCACCAAGUUCGGAGGGAUCAUCGUGCUGGGCUUCGCCAAGAGCCAGAUCUUCCAGGUGUUCUACUUCCGGAUGUACCUGGGUAUAGUUUUAGUGGGCGCGGCGCACGGGCUCAUCUUCCUGCCCGUCAUGCUCUCCUAUAUCGGCUCCCCCGUCAAUAAACAGAAGCUGGCCAAUCAGAUCCUGCGCGGGAAAGAGAUGGGCGUCGCGGAAACCUCGCUCACACGAGUAAGAGACGGCUCCAGCCACCCAUAUGUAUAUGUACAUAGCAGUUUGAAGGUACCACGCGUCUAGCGUGCGCUUGGAACUAACGAGAAUGAACUUUAACCCUAUUGAAUAGAGACCAAAAUGAAACGCGAUGUUUCGGUGGAUGAAACAAUUUUGAUACUUGUUUUUUUAUGCUGUUGGCUUCUGGGUCAUUAUAAACUCAAGCCGUUGUCUAUAGAUCUAGCUUUGCAAUAUCAAUUGAACAUUCUCGUUAUGUUUUCUCUGCUAACGACACACGAAAAAAAAACAACAGUAGUUGCUGAUUUGUUCGUGUGCGUAAGCCUUUUGUAGCGGGAAGGCUGGCAGUGGUUCUAGGAGUAUUAUUUUAUUCGCCUAGCUUAAUAUCUAGUUAAUCCAGUAAAUAAUAUAAAUAUCACGAUUUUUAACUUAUGUUUUUUAUAAAAUUAAUAUUAAAAGUAUCAAGAUCACGCGAAUUUUAAUGUCGUGUAUCUGAUUUAUAUUAAUGUAAUUGCGUCGAUCAUAUCGACCGAAUCCUAAUAGCUGUGUAGCCUUACUGCCGAGUCUUGUGGUGCUCACACACUGGAUAGGGACUCGUGUUACCUUGAUAUAGCGUAAAUGUGCAGGAAGAGGUAUUUU